CCAAGCAAUUCAAGUCGGAAAUGCGCUAUUUAUAACUGGCCAAAUCGGAAUGGUGCCUCAGACCAAUGAUUUCGUCGGCCUCGAUACGCGUUCCCAGGCAAGACAAGCUCUGGAGAAUAUAAAGCAGAUUCUGGGAUCAGCUGGUCUCUCAUUGCAUCAUGUAGUCAAAGUUUCGAUAUUUUUGACAAAUAUAGAUGAACUAGAAGGGGUUAACGAAAUUUACGCAGAAGAGUCCAGCAGCGACGCUUAA